AUGCCCCUACAUUCUGAGGAAUUGUCGACCAACCUAAACUCUACCACACCAGAACCACCGACUGUAGCGGGUGUGUCGGAAGAAGCAGUCGUGACUGGCCCAUCACCUGACGAAACUAUGAUUGUGUCAAAGCCAAAAACUGACAAAGGAACGUUAGCUACUGACAAUAAGGCAAGUGGACUGGCAGCAGAGACGCGGAGUGAGAGCGGGGAUGAUGGAUUGGAUCUGUAUCGAUGGGAUCGCAUUGAUUUAAAUGUGGAGCUGGAUGAUGAUGAUCUGUUCGGUUUUUUAAAGUCGUAA